AUGAUGUUCUGUGUCUCUGAAACUGUCACUGGAGAUAUUCGUGACCUGGGAAAUAGAAAGGAUUCUCAAGUCCGAAAGGGACCCAUGUGUCUGAACAAAAUCAAGAAGAGGCUGAAGGAGAAGUAUUACCACCGAGUGGGGGAGUUCAUCACGGAUAUACGCCUCAUCUUUCAGAACCACAGAGCAUCCUUCAAGAGACUUCCUGCUCAGGGCCGGCAGCCACCCGGGACGCAGGCCCGAGAGUCAGGGGGCUCCUUAGGCCCUGAAGGAUCCGCGUGGACCAUGGCAAGUGGGAGCGGUGAGCUCAGCGCCAGGUUGUCCAUUGAAGACUACAACAUAGAAGAGAGACUUCUCGUUGAGACUUUACUCAGUCACUACAAAAAACACAAGGUGGAGAUUUCAAGUGCUAUAAAUAAGACGUUUCCUUUCCUCCACAUUCUCCGGGACCGUGGCUUCAUCACCAAUCAAUUGUUUACAGAUUCUGAAGAAUCUUGUAGGAACUUGGUUCCUGUCCCAAAAGUGGUGUACAAUGUUCUCCAUAAACUGGAAGACAAAUUUGACCUGUCACUGAUGGACGCAUUGUUCAAUAGCGUCAACGCAAAGGAGUACCCUGACUUACUUCGCAUUUACGGUAGCUUCAAACGUGUGAUCAAAGAGAAAUUUAAUCUUCAACUUAGUGAGGAAGAAGACUGUGGAGUCUCAGAGAUUCUCUAUGAAACAGGACAGAAGAACGCAAAGAGAAAAGAUUCAUCCAGUGAUGAAAAUGAUGCACCGGGAAGCCAACAAACCAAUGAAGCCAGUGCCCACGAAUGUGAACCUGCAGGGGAAGAGCUACUCACACAUGGAACCAAAGUCAAUUCAUGUACUGUGCUCCUGGUGGAUAUAAAGAAGGAAAAGCCAUGUCAUUGUGCAGGAUCCCAAGCAACAGCUAAGUGUAAGCAGGCAUCCGACAUAAUAGUGAUCAGUAGUGAUGACUCUGAAGACUCCACUGAGGAAGGAGAGCCCCCAGAAACCUCCACCUCAACACCAAGAAGCCAGCCGGGUAAGAAAGUUUACCAAGCAUAA